AAGUGGAUUCAAACAAGACCAUGCUAUACAUUAUUCAUGGUCCAGUUUUGAGCUGUGGUUUGUUUCUUUCUCCUGUCCCUUUUUGCAUGCUGCUGCUUAUGUUCUGGUGGCAGGGAUUAUGAGUCAUUGCUGCUUAGUUGAAGUGAUAACAGUGAUAGAAAUCCAAUCAGUGCUGAACUCAGCAAUGCCUCAUUUAACUGAUCGACCUUAUUACAAGGUCCAAACACAAGUGGAAAACCCAACUAGGUACCAUAUACAGCAAGCACAGAGACACCAAGUUAAGCAGUAUCUGACUCUAGAUGCCAAGUUGCCCAAUCAAACCCUAACACUGACUCAUCCACAAGCCACAGGUGCCACACAUUUGGUACAGAAUGGACAUGCACCUCCUGACAGUGAGAUCGGGAUCAUAGAAAAUCCAAUCACCAAGUUGCUAGCUCUUGGGAAGGACCAUGAAAAUGUGAUGGAUGAUGUUUUUGAGAACAUAAUCAGCAUGGAAUCAAGUUUUAAUGAUAAAGGAACAGGUUGUCCAGAAGAUCCACUCCUAAUGCAAAGGACGUUAUCUGGAAGCAUCUUGGAUGUGUACAAUGGUGACCAGGGGAUUUCACCAGUUAACAUGGGACUCACUAAUGCAUCCUGUCCAACUCUGCCUGUGAAAAGGGAAACCCCAGAAACAGAUACCCGGGCUCUGGCAAAAGAGAGGCAAAAAAAGGACAAUCAUAAUCUCAUUGAAAGAAGAAGAAGGUACAAUAUUAAUUACCGAAUCAAGGAGCUUGGCACUCUUAUUCCAAAGUCUAAUGAUCCUGAUAUGCGCUGGAACAAAGGAACUAUUUUAAAAGCCUCAGUGGAGUACAUCAAGUGGCUACAAAAAGAACAACAGAGAGCCCGAGAAUUAGAACACAGGCAGAAGAAAUUAGAGCUGGUUAACCGACAGCUUCUACUUCGAAUUCAGGAACUGGAAAUACAAGCUCGGGCACAUGGUCUGCCAAUCAUCUCUUCACACAGUGCAAUUGAUUUGGUUGCCCAUACCGCCAAUCAUCAGACCUAUCCAGAGGAUAAAUCAGGCGAUUAUUCCCAAGAACUGACUCUGGCUCAGGGAUCAAGAUCUGACCUCUGCGAUGGAUCCAUGGCUUUUUCUUAUCCCCUGUCACACUUUACUGAUUUAUCAUUUAGUGCUGCCUUGAAAGAGGAACAAAGAUUGGAUCAUAUAUUACUGGAUGAUUCAAUAUCUCCAUUUGGAACAGAUCCUCUGCUAUCUGCCACUUCACCUACAGUAUCCAAAGACAGCAGUAGGAGAAGUAGUUUUAGCACAGAUGAUGGAGAUGAGCUAUAAAAAAGAAAAAAAAAACUGAACAGACCCUAUCUUCACAUUGGGAAGGAAUUCUCUGCUGGUGCUAUGUGAUUAUGCUCUGAGUCUGGUAUAUUGCUGAGGCUUAAUUUUUGUAACAGAAUAAGUUGUUCAUGGCAAACUGGGUUUUGAGGAGUGUUGAAGCGAAGGAGGAGACUGCUUGAAGAUGCAAAAUUAAGUUGGAGGAAUAUUUUUGGCUAAAGUUACCUCAUUUGCAUGGAUACUUCUUUCUCUCUGAAGUUUUCAACCAAUAUUGAAAUGGUUCCCAGGAAGGGAUGUGUGAAAAUUAUAACUAAGAAAUAAACAUAGGAUACAGACUUCUACUUUGGAGUUAGCCCUGCACUGAGGUUUGAAAGUAGAAACUGAGCUAAGUGCUUAUGGAUAGAAUCGAUUAUAGUCAAUGAAAACUUCAAACCUCUACUUUGUCAUUCAUUUCAAUCUUGUCCAUUGCCCAACAUUAAAAAAAAAUCAGUUUAUGAGCAGCAAGAUUGAUAGAUUUAUGGUUCAUUGGCUCCCCCUUGUCCUCUGGUGGACAUGCUAAUGAGAGCCCAUAGCCAAAUGGAGAUGUAUUACAAAAUGGAACAUCUGCCCCUGGAUAAUUAGAAUUAAAUCUACAGUAAACACUGGACAUUUUCCAAAGCAAAGUGCUGAAAAUUCCCAAGCACUUUAACAAAUUGUUCCUAAUUCUUCUAGCCAUUUUCACUUCACUUGUUCUCAAAGCCUCACAGUGUAGUUGAUGACAGAUGCAUUUAGUCUAGAACAAAGAACAUGAUACAUAAUUUUCCCAUCCCACUGCUCAUGAUAACAUUUUAAAAAGUGAGCUUAUGUCACAUCACCUCUAAAAUGACUGUCUCAAAAAAUGCUAUUCGUUUCUUUUUUUACCCUUCUGACUUUGUAGUCAGCUUGAGAAAUCAUAUCUUUCUUUUCUUUAUCAGGAAAGAAAAGUGCUUGAUUAUAGGAAAUGACAUUAAAUUAUGAUUAGAUGUUUAUUUUGACUAGCAAUAAGUUAUGACUUCAAGUGUUUCUUUAGUAGUCCACCUUUUAAAAAUUAUGAUUGUGACUAACAUUAGGUAUUAACUAAGUAAUCACUGAUGGAGAUGAUGAUGAAAGUAUUGGGUGAACCAACAGAUUUUAAAACUGCUACUUAUUUCUAUCCAUUCCCAGAGGAAGGUAUUGCCUUUAAAAGAACUUGGAGAAUUUUUGUGAGUUUGGGUUCCUAGAUUAAUUCGUGCAAAUUUGUAUCUUCUGAGUAUCUUUUGUAUUUUAAGACUUGAGUUACCAAAAAGACUAAUAAGGGGUACCUAGUUCAUUUAAGCAAGUAACUCAUUAGCAACUUUUUAAUGAGUACUUAGCAAGAGCUCAAUGCUUAGCACUUUUUUAUUCAUCACAAAGAGACAGAGGGAAGUAUAAGUCUUGGCCUCUGCCAUCAGGAAGAUUAUAGUCUAAUCAAUAAGACUGACAUACAUGAGCCAACAUAGGACAAAAUAUAAUUAACAUCUGAAAUACAGAGUAUAGACUCCAAAUGUUUCAGAAAAUCAAAAGAGAGGAAGAUCAGGGAAGGACAGAGUGACAAAGGAAAGCUUCAAGGAAGAGCUGGAACUUGAUUUAAACUUUGAAGAUGAUGUGUAGGCUUUGGAGAAGAUGGCAGUUGGUACAUCCAAGAGGGUAACUGGAAUAAUAUGAGCAAGGCAAAGAAAAUUACAUUCCUGACCUGAGUUAAGGGUGCAUUUAAGAAUAUAGAUUGGGUAGAAGAAAUUAUAGAAGGCCUUGAAAACUAGGUAGAAGAAUUUAGAUGCAAUAAAACAGAAAAUUAUUACAUCCUACAAAAACUGCUAGAUUAUAUACUGUCAGGAACCAUAGUUUAAAAUGCUUAUGAAAUGACUAAAGAAAUUUUAUCACUCAUCACUUUAUAGAUAUUUGUUAUACUGAGUGAGUGAAUGAAUGUAUUUCUUUAUCUGGAAAAUAUAGGCAUGUAAUACUAUUCAGUAUAUGUUUUGAGAUGGGAAUGUUUCUGUAAUUGAGAUCAUGGGCAAUUUAAAGGAGUUACGCUUAGUUUCUAUGAUCCAUUCUACUCCUCUUCCCCCACCAAAAAAUUAAUUUUUUCUUUGACUGUAAUUCAGGUCUUGGAUUUAGAGGCAGUGGUCUUAAUUUCCUCAGAGGACCACAAAGACAGACAAAUUUAUCCUACCUACAUCUUCAGAUUAGAAUGAGAAAACAAGGAUUAAAAUGAGAUUAAGAAGUUAUACUCAUAACAUCAUUUCCAGGACCCUAUUUUUAUUUACAAAAUCAACCUUCCAGUUUAUGAAAAUGUCUAAUACAAUGCCUAUCAUAUAGUAGGCACUUAAUGCUUGUUGAUUUACCUUUGCUAUGAAAACCUACCCCUUGGUAAUUAAUUUGACAUUUCCAAGUGAAAAGGAGGAACUCCAUAAUUUAGAAUGAUGAGUAACAUGACUUGCUAGGUAGGGACUGCUUUCUGCUCUCUUCUCAUUGCUUAUUCUCUCAUGCUCUGCAGUCUUAAAACAUUAAAACAUUGUCAUCCUGCCUGCCUCUGCUGGUUCAAGACGUCUCUGGUCUGUUGGAGUAGUACUAGCAACUGUUCCUCUUCAUAAUCACUACUACUAAUAAGGACUGCAUACAAAAAAUUGAAAGCAAAGCAUGCCCAAAAGAGGGCUGGAGAUGGCACUAAUAACUACAGGGCAGCAGUGGCUGCUGCAGGAUUAUAAUUGCUGUGGAGGGAUUGUAAAAUGGGUAAUGGGUUUUUAAAGAUGGAGCAAAGGAAGAGUGGGGGUGUGUCAAGGCCAGUGAAAUGGAGGAAGGGGAAGAAAGAUUGGAGAGCAGGGAUGCUGAGGUGGGGGAGGGGAAACCCAACUGUAGAUAAAGGAACACCAAAGGAUAAAUAGCAAAAAGAAAUGGUGAAGUGGGUAGAGUUGGGUCAAAUAGGCUUUUCUCUUCCCACUUCGUACCUCAAAUUUUCAAGUUGCCUUUCCCUACGAUGGGCUUUAAACUCAUUGGAGAAUACAAUACUGAAACCUCUUAAACUAUUUGGCUGUAGGCACCUUGAUUUGCUCUGCUUAUUAUUCCUGAUUUUGGUUGGUCGGGUGACUUGGGAUUCACAGUAAUAUCUGUUAAUUGUAUUUUUUGGCAGCUGAAGUCAGAAAGCAGGCAUUUCAUAGCCUACAAGUCAGUUCAUAGCAUUUAAGAGGCAUUGAUUUCUGGGAGUAAGAAGAACUUCUUUUUGGGGAUUUUAAUUCCCAAUUGGGGAUUUUAAUAGACAAUAUUCUUAAUCACAUACAUACUCUAUACCCAGACACAUAUAUAAAAUGUCCACCAUGAUUUCAUUAGUGUAGGGAAUUCCUAGUGCAGUAAAGCCCUUCAUCAGGGGUUAUCUGGUAUCUUUUCUGCAAUUUAUGAUCUUUGGGGGAUAUCUAGAAUGCUAAGAGGUUCAAUGACUUAUCCAUGGCCAUGCAGCUAGUAUUUAUUAGAGGCAGAACUUGAACCUGGGUCCUAUUGAUUCAGCAAGGGCAGCUAGGUGAUACAGUGGAUAGAGUGCUGGGCU